UCAAGGUUGUGUUUUCCGAUGGAUAUCCGUGUCAUAAUAAUUUGUACGAAAUAUCAAAUUCUGAUUUUGCAAAAGUUUUAUUUACAAGAAUUUUUUGGAUUUAUGUAUUAUAAUGAAGACUUAAGAUAGUGAAGAUGUUCAACAAUAUUUUGAAAUAGUCAUACAUUAUAUUUAUCCGUGUCCCGUGAGUCAUAAAAUGGCUGUUUGUGGGCUAAGAACUCUUUUGUUGAUCGUCUGCAUUCUUGAGCUGAUAAUCACAAUACAAAGACAAGUUUUUGAUUUUCUUGGCUAUAUGUGGUUACCAAUAACAUCAAACUUCAUUAAUAUUAUUUUAAUAAUAUUUGGAUCAUUUGGAGCUGUUCAAUAUGUUACAAAAUAUCUUAUAGCUUAUGCAAUAUGGAGUGUCAUUUGGUUUUCAUGGAACAUAUUUCUUAUAUGCUAUUACCUAAAUGUUGGAACAUUGGAUAGAGAGAAUGGUUUAUUGUCCUUGGGAACGGGCAGUGUAAGCUGGUGGGAAAGCAAUGGAUGGGGCUGUCAACCUGUGUGGGGAGAAGUAGAUGGCCCUGGCACUUGGAGGCCAGCCCGAGUUGAUGGAUGCUUCUUUCAAUGGCACCAUGUUGAGUUAGCACAAUCAAUAGUUGCAGCAUUAUUGACUGUAGCGGCCUUGCCACUUGCCGUACUACUUAUUUUUCACUCAUUGAAGAAACAGAAGCCUACAUUAGACAAAGCCACCUUGCCUCGACGGCAGGUUUAUACACUCGAAUUGAGUCCAACAGAAACAAAUAUAAGUGAGAGUUCCCUUAAGCCCAUGACACCGCGUCGCGUCAAACGCCGGUCCGGAUCGAGAGGUAAUGGAUCGUCAGUGAAAAGGUCACGUCGUUCUUAUAGGAAUGCUGGGUAUACCGCAUCGAAUGCCUCAUUGCCCUCAGACCCACGGCCUUCAAGACCAACAUCAGCACAUUCAUCCUAUUCAAACUUCCAUGCUGCACGACCAAACUCAUACCAUCCUGACAGGGAUGGGACAUUGCGUUCUCAAGAUACAUAUGAACCUCCCCCACCACCAGUUGAAUCUAUACCAAUUAUGACAAAUAGGUAUGAAACUGUCAGAAGAAGUGUGCGAGCAGAGCCCAGCCAUGAUGUUGUCGGUCCAUUCAAUGAACCUAGCCGGUAUGAUCCCCCGAGGCAUUAUGACACAAAUGUGCCUCCAUAUGGGGGCUAUGAAGGAGGACAAGGGUAUGAGAGCAGAGUUGAUAUACCACCAUGUGAUUCACCAUAUGGAGCUAAUGGGUAUGUUACUAAUAGUUAUCCGAUGGGGGACUGCGGAUGGGAAGCACCUCCGCCCCCUGCCCCACCAUACUCAGCCAGAGCAACCCCACAGGCGCCAGGGCCACCAGCUUAUCAGCAAAAUGAUAAUUAUAAUAUAGAAAGGUCAUGAAGCUAUGAACAACAUUUCAUCUGAUCACUUUCAUCCGAGAGUUUCCAAUUCUGAAUACAAAACUCAAGUGCCUUAAUUUUAGCCAUUCCAGUAACUUUUUGAAGCUCAAUGUUGUUUAUAAGCAGCAAUUUAGAUUGUUAUUUAGAUUUUAAGUUAGAAUAAACUGUUGACAACUAGUUGUUAAGUUGAACUCGUUUUUUAAAUGUUUGUUGUUGUGUUCAGUGCGCUACAUUACUUAAUGCUUAAGUCAACACUUUUUUGUGAA